UUGAGUCUGCCCAGUUUUGACUGGGUACUAGUCUCGGUAAGAGUUAAAAGCUCAUUCCGUAAUCAUGAGAUUAUCCGUGGGAAUAUGGGUCGUCCUCCUGGUCGCGAUUGGGGUUGUGGUCACAGACGCCAAAAUGAGUGAGGAGCAAAUCAAAAUUGUGAGGAAAUUACCGGUUAAACUGGAAUAUCAAGACAAUUUGAUACAACAUUAUGACGAGGUCCGAUCCUGGGUGGUUAGUCACACUUUAUCCGCACCCACACCAGCGCGCGCUUCCGUCCCCUGUUUCGCCUGCCGCGUCCUCAUGAACGUCGUGAUAGAGUUAUUGCGCGCCUCUGAAGACAUUGGGGGAAUCGUCGCCAUCUUGAAACUCCUCGCGUGUGAGGCGUUAGACGUCAUCGAUGCCCUCCACAAGGACGUUUGCACCGGAGCGAUCGACAUGUACGCGGAAAAUCUUCACUACAUCGUGGACAACAAUCCCAAAUUGAAGGCUAUCGAUGUGUGUUUAGUCCUUCUGGGAAAAUCUGGUGAAGAUUGCGAUGGCGAAAGAACGGAGGAGUUUUACAAUUGGGUCAUCAGAAUUAAGGGGGACAAACCUGCGAUUUUAAAUCCUGACCCUGUUCCGGCAAACACCGUGCCGGUGAAGGUCCUCCAAUUAACGGAUAUCCAUCUCGACCUGGAUUACGUGGCAGGAAAGGAUACGAAAUGCGGGAAACCCAUGUGUUGUCAAGCUUGGGAGGCGGACGGAGUGGACGACGCAUCAAGUGCGGGACCGCACGGAGAUUUCAAGUGUGACAUGCCCAUCUCCGCGAUGAACGAGUUGUUCGAAUAUUCCGCGGCGAUUGAGGGUUAUGAUUACGACUUCGUCAUGAUGACGGGCGACAUUCCGCCGCAUAACGUUUGGAACACCACGCUUCUCGGAAACCUUGAGCACUUUAAGUCCACGAAUGACAAACUCCUCAGGCUCUUCCCUACCGACAGAUCCAUCCCAGUCUACCCCGUCUUAGGAAAUCACGAACCUCACCCCUGCAAUUUAUAUCCACCUCGAAGUGUCUGGGAUGUUUCUGACUUCGACAAAUCCUGGAUGUACAACGCCUUCGCGGAAGCAUAUGCGGACCAAAUCAAAGAUCCCGUCGCCAUUGAACAAUUCCGACAAACUGGGUAUUACACGAUUAAACAUAAAGACACCAACUUGCGGAUCGUCGUUAUCAACACGAACUUUGGAUAUACCAUGAACUUUUGGCUGCUAUAUAAGCUGGACGAUCCAGAAGGUCAACUUCAAUGGUUGUCGGAUACUCUAGAAGCGGCAGAAGUGAGCAAUGAAAAGGUUUUCAUUUUGGGACACAUGCCACCCGGCUCGGGCAGCUGUUGGGGAACGUGGAGUGCGCAGUUUGAACGAAUAAUCCUCCGAUAUGAGGCUAUCAUCAUGGCGCAAUUUUACGGUCACACGCACAACGAUGCCGUUCAGAUUUUCUACGAUUCCUCGGCAAGACCAGCUCGACCGGCGAAUUCGUUGUACAUCGGGGCUUCCACCACGGCCCAUACAAAUCUAAAUCCUGGCUUCAAAGUGUACCAUGUCGAUGGCGGGAGAGGUGCGGAUUCCACGUGGGAGAUAAUGGAUCAUGAAACCUGGAUUUACAACUUGACCGAAGCGAACGCUAAUGUCGAGCCGAACGGAGCGAUGCCAUGGAAGUUGAUGUACAAGGCGAAAGAAACGUUUAAUAUGGGAUCGUUUAGGCCUAAAGAUUUGGACGAUCUGGCGUAUCGGAUGUUAUUCAAUGAGGACUUGUUCGCGAAUUAUCAUAGGUUUUACCACAAGGAUUCUGACGUGCGAGGUUCCUGUACUUCAAGCAGCUGUCGGCUGGACUACAUCUGUGACAUGGUGAUCGCCAAUACGAACGAUUACAAACACUGUGACAGGUUCAGGGCAUACUUUCUCAUUGGAGAAACUACAACGGCUACCCAACCGACCGGGGGAAGUGAAACUACAGCGGAAACGACAUCGGAAACAACGGAGAGUACAACGGAGAGUACAACGGCAGGAAGUGUCACUACCAGCUCGCGCCUGAUUCAAUUACUUAUCACGGCAGUUUUCGUGAUCAGUCAAGUUUAACUGGGGCCUUCAUCAAAAUAUGCGACAUUGAAGAAUAAUUUUGGUGUAAAUUUAACGUAGGUUCCAAUUAUUUGUUAAAAAUCAAUUUGUUUCUGAAAUAAAAACUUUAUUAAAUUUCA